AAUGAAAAUUGGGGGUCAUCACGCCCUAUAAUAUCGUCAAAUUCUUCACCCGUUAGGGUUUUGUUGGGCCGAGGAAAUCAAAUCGAAGCACGUUCCAUUUGUAAAUUUCAACAAAAUGCCCAAGCAGAUUCAUGAGAUCAAGGAUUUCCUUCUUACAGCUAGAAGGAAGGAUGCACUCUCUGUGAAGAUCAAGAGGAGCAAAGAUGUUGUUAAGUUCAAAGUUCGUUGCUCCAAGUACCUCUACACACUUUGUGUAUUCGACUCUGAGAAAGCUGAUAAGUUGAAGCAAUCUCUUCCUCCUGGUUUGAGCGUCCAAGAAAUCUGAAGAUAAAGCUGGUCCUGCAGCUUAUCAGGCAAAUCUCAUCACGAGACUGAUGUUGCUAUACCUAGGAUGCAGAUUCAAGUUAUUUCCAUCGUUGCCUAUUGAAUAUUGUUCCGAAUGUCAGAUUAUACCUUUUGCUAUUUUUCAGAGUGCUUGAAAAACUCGUGAAGAAACAUCUAGAUAUUUACACAAUUUUGUUGGAUAUUUGGACUGGAUAUUAUGGGAACUGGUUUGUUUUAACUGAUGUGUAUCGUCUGAUUUAAUAGGUGAUCAACUUUUCCCAAACUUAA